AUGGAGUCAGAGGGUGAUGUAGACCAGGUGAUUAUACAAUUCUAUGACCAAAAUGGGAAUUUUUCGGGUGAUCCACUAACGGUACCAAAGAGCAUAACAGUUGACAACUUACAACAACUAAUUGGAACGAUUCUGAAGGAUGAUAAACAGCAGUACUCCUUCUUGAUUGAGGGGAGAUUGCCAAUACAAGAUAGUUUAGGGGAGACACUUUUCAAAGCUAAAGAAAAAAUAUCACCUGAAAAAACCCUUAGUAUUACUUAUUUCCCCAAGCAAAUAUACCUGAUAAGAUCCAUCACCCGUUGCACCUCUGCACUAGAAGGGCAUAAAGAUUCAAUAUUGGCACUAGAAUUCAGCCCCUGCGGGUCUUAUAUUGCUACGGGAGGGGGAGAUAAUUUGGUUAUACUGUGGGAUGUAUCUACUGAGACUACGUUGAAAAAAUUUCAAGUACAUAAGGGAUGGGUACUGAGUGUUUGCUGGGCACCUGAUGGUAGUAGAUUUGCUUCAGCAGGAAUGGACUGUGACAUAUAUAUUUGGAAAGAUGGAAAACAGUACGAUAAACCGCUCAAAGGACAUACUAAGCCCAUAACAUCGCUCGUAUGGCAACCUAUACACCUAUUACCCGAAGAUGGCAGCACAUACUGUAUGUUAGCAAGCGGUAGCAUGGAUAAUACGGUUAGAAUCUGGGAUGUAAUCAGCAAUACUUGCUUGAGAGUGUUGUGCGGACAUACACAGGGGAUAACACAGAUUAUUUGGUCAGGAGAAUCAAAUUGUAUCUACUCUGCAUCAAGAGAUACAUUUAUUAAAGUAUGGAAUUGUGACAAUGGGCAGAUUGUACGAGAAUUGAGAGGCCAUGGCCACUGGGUAAAUACUCUAGUGAGCAACACCAAAAGGGCACUAAAAGGAGGUCCCUAUGGGUCACUAGAAUUUGCCAAGAAGCGCCUAAAAUUUGACACACUCUCCCAAGCAAUAUCGCACGCCAAAUUCGUAUAUAAACAGCUACUAUCCAUGGUUGGAACGGAACGAAUCCUCUCUGGGUCUGACGAUAAUACAUUGUGUAUCUGGACGCCGCAAAGCAGUUCUAAAGAGGUCUGCCGAAUGACUGGACACCAACAAUUGAUUAAUCACGUGACGUUUUCCUCCGAUGGAAGAUUCAUCGCAUCCGCUUCCUUUGAUAAGUCAUUGCGUCUCUGGUGCGGAAACACUGGAAAAUUUAUCAAAACGCUGCGGGGACACGUAGGCAGGGUUUACCGCAUCGCCUGGAGCCCCGAUGACAAUUUGAUCGUCAGUGCCAGUGCAGAUUCUACACUAAAACUUUGGGACAUCAACACUGGGAAGCUUAAAUUUGAUUUGCCAGGGCACUUGGAUGAAGUGUACGUGGUUGGUUGGAGUAACGACGGGGGCGUAGUCGCCUCAGGUGGGAAAGAUCGCAUACUGCGCAUAUGGCGUCAUUGA